CCAGAUAUAACUCGUGACGUCACCAGGCAUACAGUUCUGUUUAGCCCAGUUCGCGUCCGUCCGCAUGUUCGUGUACUUGGCGAAAGUGAAAAGUGGUGAAGAGUCCAAGCGGUGGUACUGGUCGCAAAAAUGUCGCAAGCUUUGAAGAGGAUGCCGAUGCUGAAUUCCUGCUGCGGGUGCGCUUCCCUCAAAGUCGGCACAAUUAUAAGUGGCGCUCUCGGCGUGGUGAUAGGCGCAGUAACGCUGGUCUUUAUUCUAGUCACAGAUGUAAAACUACAGACAAUAGUAAUUGAUACGCUACCCCCUAAUAUAGUGAAAAUAAUACUUGCGAUCAAUUUGGUGAUGACUAUGUUGAUAUCAGUCCUUCUCAUCAUCGGAGCUCUGAAGCGCAACCGGUUCAUGAUGCUCCCAUGGGUGAUCUUGGCCAUUAUGUUGGCAAUCGGUCUAGCCAUCUCGGUCAUCUACACGGCAGUCGUCUUCUACCUACACAACUACGUGCUGGGUGGCACCCUGUGGCUCAUCAUUGGACUCUCGUGUGUAGCAAUCUACGUGUAUCUGUGGUUUGUGGUCUUCAGCUACUAUCAGCUCUUGCAGGAGGAGAAAGGAAGAGGCCCUUACUCCAGGCCUGCCUACAGACGCUAAGCUAUGUCUCCUCACGGGCAGUCAAUAGACGGUACUUCACAUUUGAGGUUAUAAACUUUUGAGGGAAAUAUAAACAAGGUUCAAGUCCGGGAAGUGUAAAAGUAAUGUAACAAAUAGUUUGUUAAUUUCAGAAUAGUGAGUUUUAAUGAUAUAAAAAACAACAUGAUUGAUCUGUAACUAAACCAGAUUAAUUAUAUAAUAAUUAAUUAUAUAUUUUGUUUAAUUUUUAAACAAAAUAUAUCAUUCUUUAUGUUCUGACCAGUCAUUUAUUCAUUUAUUCAUAAUUAGAGCUAAUAAAUGGUUUAGUUCUAUGCAUUCUCAUACUCAAUUAAUCAGAGAUAAAUACUCAAACCUUCACAAGUACGAGACAUUGUAAUCCUUGAUUGUGGCAAAUAAAGUGUAAUACACUUAGUCCUGAGAUAAAUAGCUUAAACUUUGCAUGAGUAUAGAUGAUUAGUUUCUUGCGAUAACACUAUUAUUAAGAUUAUUAAUUGAGAUUUCUUUAUGUUUUUAAUAAAUAGUAUAGCCAAACGGCUAGGCUUGAAAUGAUAUGUCUCGUACUAUAAUACAUCCAAAUUUGGUACUGAACAUAAAUUAUAAAAAUAAAUGUAAUAUGUAAGAGGUAUUUCUACCCUCCUUCGACCCAAACCUUAACUUGACUACUCCUCAUUCCUAGUGAACUGUCUAGUAAUGUUAUGUCCAAAGUCUGUUUGCCAAAUGACAUAGGCGCCCAGCUCUCUUGUCAACUUGGCACUUUUAGUAUUAGUAAAUCAUUAGUAAAUUUAAUAAUUUUGAGACUCUAAGUCAUAAUAAGAGCAGCAUAAAGUUUAAUUUACUCGGAUUGUAUUAAAAGGACAUGAAUCAGUAUUAGACUAUAAUUAAGAAAAUCAUUCCUUCUAGUAAUCUUUUAUGUACCUACUGUAAAAAUCAUGUAAUUUUACUCAACAAGUUAUUAUGGGCUCAUUAUCAGAUUUCCCGUGUGUAUACUUUAAUUACCAUAAACUUGAUACAACAUUUUGCCUGUCGUCACAUAAUAAGCUUUAAACUUCUAUGCCUAAAACCUUUAAAAAUUAAUGAUUUGGAAUUACUAGAUUAAACACAAGUGAGGCUGAAGUCAAGUUUGAUGGGUAAGAAAAGAUGUUAAACCUUGAACAAGAUUAUACAUUUUUUAAAUGAUAAAAGAUAAAACAUUUCCCAGAAUGUAUUAACACAAUAAUUGGGAACUCAGAGAAGAAGAUUAUAAUGAAGCUACAUAUUACAAUGGUGUCAUAUAGAACUAGUCGAUCUGAUUGUAAAGUAGCUAAGUAAACAUUUAAACCAUAGGUCUAUCUGUGUUGUUCGUAAAUAAUGCUUUAUUAUAAAAAGAGCGAUAUCUUUUAAGCUACAGUAGAUGUCUAAUAUAAGAGCCUAUUGUAAAAAUCUCUUAGUUAAUAAUAAAUUACUUUAAAAUGUUAAUAUUAAUUAAUUGAAAAAUUACUAGCAUUAGUCAUAUAUAUCUACAUUAAAACUACUUUACUGUUUUAUUAGCAACUCAAUUGCGGAGAAAUGUAGUACACGUAAACAGUAAACUUUAGCAUGCUACAAGUAAUUGUUUAUUUAUUUACUGUAUAAUUAAACUACUACGUACCUGAUAAAGUUACUAACAACGAUAUUCAACAAUCAAAUUUUAUAAAUAGAGAAAGGAUAAUUUGAAAAUUAAAAAAUUAUAUUCUGUAUUUUUAAGAUUGUAAAUUUCUAUGUUCAUUUAUACGCUUUCAGUAUUACACUGAAGUAAUAAUAUCUAUGACUGAUUAUAAGUUUAUUAUUUAUUAAAUAGUAAAAAUAAAGUAUAGGUUCUUAACAAGGAAAUAUUAAUUGGUUAGCCACAAUAAUGUCAAUAGUGUUGACACUUCGAACUGAAGGAAUGUCAGGCCGCCAAGUUACUGUAUAUUCAGCAUUCAGAGGGUAUAACAUUUAUAUAAGACUUUAUUUGAUAAUAGAUAUACUUAAAAUUGAACCAGAUUUUUCUAUAGAACAACGAAUCUCAACAAUGCAUUUUGAGAAUUAUUCUGGUAUUUAAUUUAAAAUUCUUUCUCCAAUGACAUUUUGGUGAUUUAUCAUACUUUUAUGAAACUUUUAAACAUUUAAAUACUGUAAAUUUUCAUUAUCAACUACAGUAGUGGACUAACAAUUCAAUUUAACAAAAUUAUUUUACUAUAACAAGUAUUCAUAUUUUGUUAUGUCACAUCAUUCCGAAACAUAAUAUGAAUUAAUAAUAUUUUAACUAGUUUCAAAGCUUUAACCAUUGGUUACUAACCAAAAUUAAAUUUUUGAUCAUCUUGUGUAUAUAAUUUUCUGACAUAAAAAAUAAAAUCAAACAUUUCUUAAUUCUGCCUGAACAAAACACAUUAUUGUAGAAGGAAACAUUACAGUUAGUUUUCACAGAAUGUAAUAACAAAACUAGAACUUUGUAUAAUUACAAAGUUUUAUAUGUGUUGGUGUAUUUUUUCUUAUUAGUUAAACAAGGAAAAAGUAGUUCUACUUUAUUAGUAGCAACUGAACUGAAAAAUGAUCUAGAAAGCAACUAAAAGAUCUUUUUGUUAUCUGUGUGUGAUAACAAAAAGAUCUUUUUAGUUUAGUGUACUGUAAAUAAUAUUUUGUUGUUUUAAACAUUUUAAAAUGAACUAUUUUAACAUUUUAAUAUAUUCAUGGAUCUAACUGCUUUAAGGAUUUUGAAAUUAAUGUUCAACGUUUGAUAGUCCUAGUCGAUGUAUAUUGUUAUGUAUUUUUUAAUUUUGAUCUUAGGAUUCAAAACAAUAUAAUUUAGUUGCAUUUUUCUUAUAUUGUUAAAUUUAUUAAACUCUUGCCUUAUCUUUCACAAUUACCAUUAGAAGUAAGGGAAUUAAUUGUAACAUAUUGUUAUAAAUAUUGUUGAUUAUUUAUUUUAAUUUUACGUUACGAAUUUUAUUUUUAUACAAUUUACUUCAGUGUCACACCGCUGGUUAUUGUUAUUUAAACUAUUAAAAUUAACUUUACAGUAAUAAAAUGUGUUUCGUCUGUUUCUUAUCACAUUUCAUUGUAAGUUCAUAUUCAAUAUUAUGACUAUCGCCAAAAAUUCAACAGGUAGACCUGAAGCUUCAGGAUACGGAAAACCCGACCUUAGCGGGAAAUAGCUACGAAACAAUUCUAGAAAACUAAACUAGUUGAACAAUUCCAUAUCGAUGUCCAAAUAUUUUGAGAGAAACUUUAGAAACAAUGAAGAAAGAAAAUAUUUUAAUUGCGUUUACAACGUGUUAACCAGGCGUAAUCAAAUUCAAUUACACGUAGGUAUAGCCGUAGUUACUAUAGCCUAUAUUUUUUACUGCAAGAUGAACUUUUAAAAAUAAGUUUAAAACCGUAACACGUAUUAUGCUUCGUAUAUUUUUGAGGUAAACUCAUAAAAAUAUAUUCAAGAGAAUUUGCAAUGAAAUCAAUGCCACGUUAUGGGUUAAGUUUAACUACGUUAAAUUACAAAUUACAUUUUGUAGGUUUCCCAUAUAGUGGGAUGGAUUCUGCGGUUAGAUUUCUAAUACGGAGAGUUACAAUUUAGAAUAAUAAAUGAUUAUGUUCAUACAUAACUAAAAUAUAUCAUGUAAUUGUACAUUAUCGCAGCUAAACAAAGACUUAAUAACAAGGUAUUGUAAAGUAGUAUGUUUAAGAAUUAAAUUUCAUUAAUAAAGAAAAAUAUACAUAAAUAUUAAGUGA